AGUCAAACAAUGUUUUACUCCUGCCCCGAGAUUUCAGAGGAUGACAGACACUCUUUCUCCUCUCUUUCUGCUUCCUAAACUCUCCCUCCGUCUGGAAAGUUGCUCCUUUUUUUAACCUUAAUCUCUGCUAAUAACUGUGUGCAGCUGUCUUGAAUCUGCAAUUAAGAGGGGAAGAGCCAAAUAAAAGAGGGAAGAGCCAAAUAAACAAAGAGAGAAGGGCCAAAAAAAAGUGAGAGAGAAAAGAUGUGGAUUUUUGGGUGGAGAGGGCCUUCUGGGUUCUCUGCUCGCUCUACAGCUGAAGAAGUCACUCAGGGAAUCGAUGGAACUGGUCUCACUGCCAUCGUCACAGGUGCCUCUAGUGGCAUUGGCAUGGAGACUGCAAGAGUUCUUGCUUUACGUGGAGUCCAUGUCGUUAUGGCCGUGAGGAACGUGGAUGCUGGUAGGAGUGUCAAAGAAGCCAUACUUAAGGAACGCCCAUCUGCUAAGAUUGAUGUGAUGGAGUUGGAUCUCAUCUCUAUGGCAUCCGUUUGGAAAUUUGCAUCAGACUAUCAAUCAUCCGCUCUUCCCUUGAAUCUCCUUAUUAAUAAUGCAGGGGUAAUGGCAUGUCCCUUCAUACUUUCUCCAGACAACAUAGAGCUACAGUUUGCAACAAACCAUAUAGGUCAUUUUCUUCUGACAAAUCUUUUGUUGGAGACUAUGAAAAAAACUUCACAGGAAAGCAAUAGAGAAGGAAGGAUAGUUAUUGUGUCCUCAGAGGGUCACCGCUUUGCAUACCGCGAAGGAAUUCGUUUUGACAAAAUCAAUAGCGAAUCUGAGUACAGUAGCAUACAAGCCUAUGGGCAGUCAAAGCUCGCUAAUAUAUUACAUGCAAACGAGCUUGCAAGGCGCUUAAAGGAAGAAGGGGUGCAGAUAACUGCUAAUUCACUUCAUCCUGGAGCUAUAACAACCAAUCUUCUUCGCCAUCAUAGCAUUCUCAAUGUACUUGCUAGCUCUCUUGGAAGAUUGUUCCUAAAAAAUGUUCAACAGGGAGCAGCAACUACAUGCUAUGUGGCUUUGCACUCACAAGUGAAAGGGGUUAGUGGUGAAUACUUUAUGGACAGUAAUAAGGCCAAAGCAAGCUCUCUUGCGCAAGAUGCAGAACUUGCAAAGAAACUAUGGGAUUUCAGCAUAAGCCUGCUCAGACCUAAAUAGUAAGGAUCUGCGUGGUAGCAUUGCGUAUUGUUCUUUCUUAGUCAAGUGAACCAGGUUGUUUCUUGAUCAUUGAUAAAGAUACAAAAAGCCAUACACUUAGCCUCAUGGAAACGAGGAUAUGAGUUAAGUAUCUUGGAAAGUCAACUCCUGUGCUUGAAUUUCUCUGAACAUAACUUGAUGAAAUAGGAGAGCAUGGUGCGAGUGUAUUACUGUUUGUGGAUGCUGCAUCCUGCAGAAUUACCUAUUGUUUAUACUCCUUGAUAAUUAUCCGUACA